AUGCCUCCUGCUCCUGUACCACCACCUGCACCUCCGCCGCCGCCUCCACCAGCACCUCCGAAAGCGUGGCCUGUCCCGAAGCUCCUCCUCCGUGUCGACGACCUCGAGCAUGACGGCGCAGACGUCUUCUUCCAGGCCGUUCAGCCGAAGCAGGCCAUGUAUGACGCUGUGAUGGCCUCGUUCAGGUGGUUGUACACCCCAGAGACCGUUCCGAAGACGGUACAGCAGAUCCUGCUCGUCUUGCGCGUCAUGGACGGCGUGGCGGUCACGUUUGGCACGGAGUCGCUCAAGGAGAUCCAUUUCUCGCUGGACCAUAUCAAGCGGUCGGCGCAUCGGGCGCGCGAGGAGAUUAUGGGUGUCCUCGUGCAUGAGGUCGUGCAUUGCUUUCAGCAUAAUGCGCUCGGUUCGUGUCCAGGGGGAUUGAUUGAGGGGAUUGCUGACUUCGUCCGCCUACACGAGAACCUGUCGCCUCCUCACUGGAGACGGAGAGGUGGAGGCGACUGGGACGACGGGUACGAGAAGACGGCGUACUUCCUCGAUUGGAUCGAGACUCGCUAUGGCGAAGGUUCGAUCUGCGAGCUGAACGAGUGCAUGAAGGACGAGAAGUACCAUCGACGCGUCUUCAAGGAGGUUACGGGUCGACCGGUGAGGAAGCUAUGGGCCAUAUAUUGCAAGAGCCUGGAAGAAACCGAGACGUCCGAUGGCUAUACCGUUGUGGGGGAUCCGUAA